UUGGACCCUGCCCCAGUCAUUCCGCCCUCACAGCUCUCAGUGGGCUGUCAAUGACAGUUUUCAGUGUAAAGCAUGGGCUGAGUUCCAGGAGGAAUGGGAGAUGCAUGGAGGUGUGAGGGGCUUAUAGCCUGGUUGAGGAGUCCUAACUCACAACCAGGAAGAGGCCACACUGCCAGGCUGCACCAGGAUACAACGCAAGGAAAAAGGAAAGGGCACAGUGUAGAGACUUAUUUCUCCAGGUCGUGAGGUUGGGCAAAGCUUGGAAAGGAAGAAAUUUGGUAGCUUGAUGAAAUUUAGGGAAAGGGAGAAAAGGCUUCUGCCCAGUCAACAGCCAGAAGGGGGUUCCUUGGGAGCCAGGACACCAGUCUUGUCUCAGUUUGGGUUCCCUCCAAAGCAGAGCCUGAGUCGAGGGCAUGGGUAAUCCUGUGUUUGGGGGGUUAGGUCGGGAAGCAGGAGUGAGGGAGCAGGGGAAGAGAGGGAAGAGAAAAGCCAGUAAGAGUGUGUUAUUGAGGUCCAAUAUUCAGUGGGCAUCGGGGACCUCUGAGUGCACAAAAUAACUUCCAGAACGACAGAAGAUGGGCGUUUAUGGCCAGCUCACAUUCCCCAUUGUUUAAGGGUUGUCCUAGAGGCAUUAAUGCCCUUAUACACACUUGCAGCCUGUACUUGUCAGCUGAGUGGGCUGCUACAGCUUCAGAUAAGAGUCCUGGGCAGGAAAUCAGAGAGACUUAUGCUCAUGUGAGGGAUUCACUGACAGGGAGAGUCUGAGCUUCCUCACAACCGUUCAUCACAACCGCAGCUGAAAUCAGAGAUGGGACACGGGGCCCCGAAUGCUAAAGUCCUGAUGCCAUCAAAGGACCCAUCCCCUCUUCCGCCAUCCACAUCUCCUUCAUGCCUAUAGAGUGGCCAAUGGAGAAAGGUGAGAGAAUGACUAAUCCAGUGCAGCUGAAGCAGGCAGUUCUUCUGAAGAGAAGUGUUGAGCCAGCCCCUCCCCUAGCCCACAGAGGGAAGAGCAUGAAAGCAGGAAGGCCAGGGUCCCAGACAGGAUCCUGGUGAUUCUGGAUCCAUGGAUCAGGACCCAUCCUCCCCUUGCACCCCACCCAGGCACACUGCCUGGAGGUGUCCUAUUUUCUCCAAGCCCUGCCCAUCCUCGGCACGGCCUCCCUGUUCCUAAAGCUGCAGUUCAUGGCUUUUUCAGUAGGUGGCAGCACAUUACAGAGCAAAUCACAUAACCAGCUUCACACAGAUUGGGAGCCAGAAGAAAUUGGCCCUAGAAAUUACCUCGAUAUAAAGAAACACACCGGAGAUCACAUUCCAUCCAAUUACAUAGUUCCCAUUUACCCUCACAUCACACGCCGCCACCAGAGACACACACACAAACUUCCGUGGCUUUUGCUGGACAUAUCUGGGCCUCGAUCCUUCCUCCACGACCCCACUUGGCCCUUCCCCUCCCCCCUCCCCCCUCCCCUUGGACUUUGCCCUUCUCACUGGCCAGGCAGGGGGGCCAGAGUCCGGGCUUGACUCAUACCCCACCUCGCUGGGGCUGAGAUCCCAGCUCCGUAACAGAAAACACCACCACUUCAGCUCCAACCCUGCUGAGAACCACCGAGCCCAGAACUCCCGGGAGAGGCAACUGGAACCCUGCUCCUUCCCUCCACCAUGGAGUACCUCUCUGCCCUGGACCCCAGAGGCCUGCUCAGGUCAGUAACCAGUAUGAGCUCCGAUUUGGGCCGUAAGGUCUGGACCUCGGCUCCACCACCCCCGCGACCUUUCCGCGUCUGUGAUCACAAGCGGGCCACCCGGAAAGGCCUUACAGCUGCCACCCGCCGGGAACUGCUAGACAAGGCACUGGAGACUCUGACGCUGAGUGGAGUGCUAACACUGGUGCUGGAGGAGGAUGGGACCACAGUGGAGAGUGAGGACUUCUUCCAGCUGUUGGAGGAUGACACAUGCCUGAUGGUGCUGGAGUUGGGACAGAGCUGGAGCCCCAGCAGGAGUGGGGUGCUGUCGUAUGGCCUGGGCCGGGAGAAGCCCAAGCACAGCAAGGACAUCGCCCGCAUCACCUUCGACGUAUACAAGCAAAACCCUCGAGACCUCUUUGGCAGCCUGAACAUCAAAGCCACGUUCUACGGGCUCUACUCCAUGAGUUGUGACAUUCAAGGACUCGGCCCAAAGAAAAUAAUCAGGGAGCUCCUCCGAUGGGCCUCCACACUGCUGCAAGGCCUGGGCCACAUGCUGCUGGGAAUUUCCUCCACCCUUCGUCAUGCAGUGGAAGGGGCUGAGCGAUGGCAGCGGCAGGGUCGCCUCCAACCCUACUGAGAAGGGGCUCUGACCUUCCGCCCCUAGACUCAUUCCAAGAGACAGACCGUAAGGACUGUGACAGCAUCAAGUUUGGGGCCUACACACAGUGCAGGCUCACUAAUUCGCCUAUUUUUCCCAGUCUUCUGAUCCCAUAGUGACAGGCCCAUCAGCCUAACGCCUUCCACCCCAGCCUAUACCCAUUGCUGAAGAAUACUAUCCAUUCCUAGCCAUCUUUCCAGCCUCCCACUUACCCUGAAAGGCCACAGCCUGUCCACAGGCAUCUGGAUCCCACCCUGAUUGCUGCUACAUCUAGAGGUCCUUACCACUCCCCUCCUGUCCCUAAGCUCCCCAGUGCCCUGAAGAGAGCCCUCUCUAACUUUACCUUGAGAUCUCUAUUUCUUUGUACCCUUCCCCCAGAAAAUAACAAAGGUGUUUCCAGUAAAAAUAUAAAAAUGUUUA